UGACCCUGGUCUUAUCAUGCCCGUGACCCAGUCCGCAGUGGCUUUGCCGGUUAUUCUGCUCAGAGAUGUUGCUCCGAGAAGUCGCUCUGCUCCUGCUGCUGGUCACGACAGCGAAGGCGUCGCUAGGUUCAGCGACAAGCCUUCGAUGGGAGCUGUUUACGGGAGAUGGGAACCUUCCUAACGACGCCGUGGUUGGAGGUUACCAGAAAGUUAACAACGCGAUCAAGCCUCACUACAUCGCCCGCGCCUUCAACCCGGACGGCGGCGUCAUCCCGAUCGCCGUGUGCAAGUCCAGUGACGACCGCCGCUGGCUGGGAUGGGGGGCGUGGAACGACGGCGAAGGGUCGGCGGCCUCCAUCCAACAGUAUGAGGUGGCUUGCGUCGACAAACUGAAAGUGCGCUGGGUGCCGGCAGUGGCCGGCAAUCUUCCAGACGGAGCCGUACCGGCUGGCGUUGACGCAAAGGGGCAGAACCUUUACGCCUGCAGGAGCUUCGACAGCAGCCUAAACCCAAAGGACAGGAACCACUUCAUGAUGAUGACACCCGGAGUGUUACUGCCAUAUUCAGGCGCGUGCAAAGUGAACUUCUUUGGAGUGAAAAGCUUUUCAACAUACGAAGUGCUCGUUGUGGUCGACGAUUAAGGGCGGAAGGGAUGAAGUCGAACAGAAGACGACAUGUUAUUGAUGGAGCAUUAAUAAAUGUUUCUAUCC